AUGAUUGGAGGGUCUUUUCGGAGAAGGAAGUCACAGCGGACGGAAGAAUUGCCGUUGGGCACCGUGUUGGCGUCCUUCGUCGAGGAGCUUUCGAGGACUGCCUCCAUUCCAGAACCAGAGGAAGGUCCGGCCAAGGAGAAGUGGUACUCACGGUGCAAACUCAUCAACGACCUGUUCGGCGCUCAGAAGGCCCGUGGGCAUGGUGUUCUCCAGCCUCCGGUCAGUGGGUCGAAGUACCAGGGGCUGGAGGGAAGAACGGUCUCCAUUGAAGACGCGACCGUGUACGUCUUCAAUGAAUGGUUGGAGAGAGGAACGUGGGCCGAGACUAGCAUCCAGAUGCAGACGUGGAAAGAGCAGCGGGAAGCUUGGGCGAGUGAGGGAUUGAGUACGGCUGAUCAGCUGCGCAGGGAGGGGGAGGCAAUGGCGGACAUGGUGAGGGCGCUCCCCGUGUUUGUCGUUAGAGGGUUGUCCGGGGCGUACUACUCGGAAACGCAGCUAAAGUACGCUACGGGGACCAAUGCCCACCCGUUCCAGCUGUACCAGAUGUUGCGUGAUUCGGCAAAUAGAAAAGAAAGGGAAGGUGCGGUUGGGACGCCACACGAAGAGCGAGAAGGCGACGUCGGGGCACAGGACUUGGGAUGGCGGCCGCUGGGAGAUAGAGACGAGGAGUCGGAGUUUGAGGUGGCGAAGGAAGUGGAAGGCGAGGGUGUCUCAAACGGCGCCCGAGCUUUCGAUUCGGAAGCGGCGGCGGCCGGCGCAGGGGGUUCGCGUUCUGCCACGGCCAAUCAAGAGAAUGCAGACGUCGAUUCGGGGGAAACGGAGACGGACUUGGAAGGGGAAAGCGAGAUCGAGGAGAGCGAGUCCGAGGAGGGGGGUUCGGAGAGCGAGGACUUAGGGUCGGUGGACUUGGAGAAGGAGGAAGAAGAGAUCGGAGGAAGCUCGUUCUAUGAGAAGCCGGGCAGGAAGACGACGGGUAAGGCGCCGGUUAAGGGUCUUGGCAAUAUGGGUCGUGGGUUCUGGGAGGACUUCUGGAUCCCGGGAGAGGCGGUCGUGAUGGCGAUCAGAUAUGACGCCAAGAUCGCUGAAAAGUUCAAGGCAAAGCACAACCUCUGGCUUCUUAGCGUUCUUUCCCGCUUCUUUCCUACGACUAUCCCGUUCCCUACAUCGGAUCACGAGGUUCUCUUUUCUGAGAAUCUCGUCAGGCGGGCAUUGCCAGAAGCCUUUGAUGAGCCGGGGCGAAACAUGAUGGUCGAGGCGAUGUAUGUCAGCGAGGGCUUGCCGGUCGACAAAACCGGCUAUGCAAGCUCCCAACAGCUGAUGAGUAUGGUAGUGAAGCUUAGAGGACCCGAGUGGGAAGGCGAAGGACUAACGGGCGGCGGAGAAAGCGGAGCGGCAGGAACGGGAGACGAGAGCGAGAUGCAAGCUUUCAAGAGAGCGAGGGCGGAGUUUAGACAGGAUGCGGGAUUGAUAGCAGAGCACGAGGCUAUGAUUGAGCAGGUGAAAGCAAAGCGGGGGAAAUUCUAG